GGGAAAACCAAAAACCUCAACCUGUCAAAACGAAAAAAAUAUCAACCAAUUUCUCAAAAUCCCCCCAAGUGUUGUUGUGUUAAGCAGAACAAAGCUUACUCAAUUCUAUGAAGUGCCCAACUUCAUAAAACGAGAAGAAGAAGAAGAAGAUGCAAAUCCUCUGUAAGUGCUCUUUGCUUCCUCUCACCAGUUUCGAUUUUCUUCACAACAACCACACAACAGUUUCAAAAACAACCCCGUUUUGUUGCCCAUUUUCUUCUUCUACGAAUAGGUCGCUUAGAAAUUUAGUUUUCUCCAAGAAAUUUCCAAUUUUGAGGACAACCCACUUCGCCUUUUGCUCUAGAAACGACGUUUUUGAUGGUUUCUCGAGUACCCGUUUUUCCAAUACUUCUGAAGAGGAUGGAGAUAGAGAGAAUGGAGAGCUUGGUUUGCUGGAUAAACCGUUGCCAGUUACUAAAGAGAAUGAUGAGUCUGAUUUAGAAUUAGAAAUGGAUGAUGCGAAAGUCGAAAAGGACGAGGCUUUAGCGCCUUUUCUGAAGUUUUUCAAGGGGACAGAUGAUGGGUUGGAAGGAGGAGUGAAAGAAGAGGAAGGUGAAGUGGGAGUUAUUGAUGAGGCGAGAUGUGUAUUGGAUGAUGAGGAUGAGGAAGAGAGGAAGGUUAAUGUUGAGUAUUACGAGGCGAAACCCGGGGAUUUCGUUGUUGGAGUGGUUGUUUCAGGGAAUGAGAAUAAGCUUGAUGUGAAUGUUGGGGCGGACUUGUUGGGUACAAUGUUGACUAAGGAGGUGCUGCCUUUGUAUGACAAGGAGAUGGAUUACUUGAUGUGUGAUCCGAGUAGCGAUGCCGAGGAGUUUUUUGUGAAAGGAAAAAUUGGAGUUGUGAAGUAUGAUGAGGCUGUGAGUGGGGGGCAGAGGCCGGGAAGGCCGGUUGUGGAGCCUGGGACUGUUUUGUUUGCCGAGGUUCUUGGAAGAACGCUGAGUGGACGGCCAUUGUUGUCGACUAGGCGGCUCUUCCGACGGAUUGCUUGGCAUCGAGUGAGGCAGAUACAACAACUAAAUGAGCCUAUUCUGGUUAGAAUUACAGAGUGGAAUACCGGGGGCCUUCUCACAAGAAUUGAGGGUUUGCGAGCUUUCCUUCCCAAAGCUGAAUUACUGAAAAGAGUGAACAACUUUAGUGAGUUGAAAGAAAAGGUGGGAUGCCAGAUGAGUGUGCUGAUUACUCGAAUAACUGAAGAGAAAAAUGACUUGAUACUAAGUGAGAAGGAAGCUUGGCAAAUGCUAUACCUUCAAGAGGGAACUCUUUUGGAAGGGACCGUUAGGAAAGUUUUUCCAUUCGGAGCCCAAAUAAGAAUAGGCGAAACUAACAGAAGUGGCUUGCUGCAUAUUUCAAACAUCUCCCGGGGCCAAAUCUCUUCAGUCAGUGACUUGCUUGCUGUUGAUGAGAAGGUUAAAGUUCUGGUUGUGAAGUCUAUGUUUCCGGAAAAAAUAUCUCUCAGUAUUGCUGACCUUGAAAGUGAGCCUGGACUCUUUUUAACAAACAAAGAGAGAGUAUUUUCCGAGGCUGAAAUGAUGGCAAAGAAGUACAGGAAAAAGCUACCUACUGUCUUAGCCACAGGUAGGUCCAAAUCACCUCCAACAAGUGAUACUCUAAAUUUUGAGAAUGAAGCAAAGAUGUAUGCGAAUUGGAUGUGGUUUAAAUUUGAAAGGGAUGAGAAUCAAACUGACCCUUAAGGUUGCAUUUUCGAUACCGUGAACAUGGAUUGAGGGAGAGUUCUCCCUUGGCCUUUCCUGCUCCUUGUGUUGCCGAGAAAAGAGAAUGAGCAUUCUUUCAGAAUGAGUUUCUAUUGCAGCAAGAUUACUUGGCCAUUUUGGAGAUUACAGAAAUAGGAUCAGCGGAAUAUUAAGACGAUCACAGUCUACAAAUCAUUUGAUAACCACGUUUGAUCACCCUACUGAGAUGUGUAGUCAUAUCCCUUCUGUUAGUAGCUUUAACUGUACCAUAUUUAAGAUGGAAAUUAUCAUUUUCAUUCAUUUGUAAUGAAUUUAUAAGCUUCAUUUUCCCUUCCCGUUUUUGUACUAGAGUUUUGUUUUUUGUUUUUCAAUUUGAAUUCGGGUUCAAACCCGCGCCCUCUGAAACUCAAGUCUCACACCGCCCAAAGUCGUUUGACCUAGUUGUAAAUUGUAAUAGAGUUUGAGUUGACCUUAAUGCUAGUUUCUCAUAUUGGAUCAGAAUCUAAUUAUUAAAGUUGUCUUAAAGCUUGAGAAACAUACUGUUUAAAUUUUCAAGCUCUUUUCAUUUGAUCCUUGAGUUUACCAACGACCCGUCUGAAAUCUAAAUCAUAU